AUGUACCUACAUCGUUUUGUAGGUAAUUGGUCGGCAAACGAGCAGACGGAUUACCUGCAGACAGCACUGGAGCAUCUUCGCAACGAGCAGAGAAUGCACAUCUUACGGAUGGGGUCCCCUAGGGCGGAUUUCCAGCCGGGUAGCGUGUGCAAGCGCAGUACCGGGGCUUGGCUCGGCCUGACCGGAAAAUGGAUGAAGGUGGAUUUUAGUCAGUAG